CCGGCGGGACGGGGCGGGCGCUGCGCUCCGGGCGGCGGGGACAGCACGCGGCGCGGCCAUGGCGGACGGGGACGGUUCCAGCGUGAAGAAGCGGCGGAAGAAGGAGAAGCGGGCGCUCGGCGAUGAUGAUGUAGCGGACAUUCAGCACACCGAGGACUUUCUCAUCAAGCCCGAGUCCCGGGUGGCCCAGCUGGACACGUCGCAGUGGCCCUUGCUGCUGAAGAACUUUGACAAGUUAAAUGUGAGGACAGCACACUACACACCUCUUCCUUCCGGUUCUAAUCCCCUGAAGAGAGAGAUUUCUGACUAUGUUAGGUCUGGCUUUAUUAACCUCGACAAACCCUCCAACCCAUCCUCUCACGAGGUGGUUGCGUGGAUCCGGCGCAUCCUGCGAGUGGAGAAGACGGGGCACAGUGGCACCCUGGAUCCCAAGGUGACCGGGUGCCUCAUUGUGUGCAUCGAGAGGGCCACACGCCUGGUCAAAUCUCAGCAGAGUGCAGGCAAAGAGUAUGUGGGAAUUGUUCGGCUGCACAAUGCCAUUGAAAGUGAGGCUCAGCUGGCCAGGGCCAUAGAAACCCUGACAGGUGCCCUGUUCCAGCGGCCACCCCUCAUUGCUGCUGUCAAACGACAGCUGAGAGUCAGAACCAUCUACGAGAGCAAGCUGGUGGAGUACGAUCCUGAGAGAAGAUUAGGUAUCUUCUGGGUGAGCUGUGAAGCAGGCACAUACAUCCGAACCCUCUGCGUCCACCUGGGCUUGCUGCUGGGCGUGGGGGGUCAGAUGCAGGAGCUCCGCAGAGUCCGCUCCGGCAUCCUGGGAGAGACGGACAACAUGGUGACCAUGCACGACGUGCUGGACGCCCAGUGGCAGUACGACAACCACAAGGAUGACAGCUACCUGCGAAGGGUCAUCCUGCCCCUGGAGAAGCUGCUGACUUCACACAAGAGGCUCGUCAUGAAAGACAGUGCAGUUAAUGCCAUUUGCUAUGGAGCCAAGAUCAUGCUGCCUGGUGUUCUGAGGUAUGAGGAUGGGAUUGAGCUUAAUCAGGAGAUUGUUGUCAUCACCACGAAAGGAGAAGCCAUCUGCCUAGCCAUUGCCUUGAUGACCACAGCAGUCAUUUCCACGUGUGACCACGGCGUCGUGGCAAAGAUCAAGAGAGUGAUCAUGGAGAGAGACACUUAUCCCCGGAAAUGGGGGCUGGGUCCCAAGGCCAGUCAGAAGAAGAUGAUGAUCCAGAAGGGUCUGCUGGACAAGCAUGGAAAGCCCAAUGAGAGCACACCAGAGUCCUGGAAGAUGGAAUAUGUGGAUUACAGGGAUACUUCCAGGAAAGAAGCAGCUGCUGAUCACCAAGCUGUUUCAGAGGUGGACAGGGCUGCAAAAAGAAAGCGAGACUCCGAGAGUGAAAACGAGGAAGCUGUGACCCCACCAUCCCCUGCCACCCCACCACCAGAGGAGCUAAGCAAAAAGGAAAAGAAAAAGAGGAAGAAAGAGAAGAAGGCCAAAGAGGCAGCUGAGAGUGGGGGAGACCAAAUGGAGAGGGCCACUGAGACCAGCACCAAGAAGAAGAAGAAGAAACAAAAGGAGGUAGAAGAGAGCUCGGACUAAGCAGCUGGGUCUGUCCGAAGCAGGCAAACCUCAUCAGUGAGGAGGGAGGAGUUUUAGGCCUUGAGAAGAGGAGGACUGGCUGCAUGGCAGAGAAGCCAGCAAGUUCCAAGUUCUUUUCUGCCGUUUAUAUGAGUGAGUGGGUGUUUGCCCUGCUCAGGUGCCCCUCUUCAUCCUGUUUUAAGGGUUGCCAGAGGAGCAGGGUGCCUCACUGUCCCUGCACUGGAUUGAUCUCUAAAGCUGAGCACCAUGAUGCCAACAGAAGUGGUAUCUUCAGGGAAACUGUAGCUUCUGGCUCUUCCUUGGUCUCUGUUUCCACCUAGAGAGGGUGGAAUAACCUUUCUCCCCCUUCAUGUACUGCCUUUCUUCCUUUUCUCCCAAGGCUGAAGCUGUUACCUGACAGUUAAAGAAUGUGUUGCUUCCUGGAGGAGUGGCUUUGUCACAGCCUAUGUGAAUGGAUUUCCAUGGGGACAGUCAGAUCAGUUAUUUCUGAAGGACUAUCUUUUGUUUUAAACUGGCCACAUGCUUGGCUUCACCUUCAGUCCACUCAGAUUGUUUAUCACUCCUUUUUUUACCUUUAUCAUGAAAGGAUUCGAAAAUUUAAUUCCUCCUUUUUGCUUAUAGCACAAGGACGUGCUUGUUCAUUGCGUGCUGAUUCCCAAGCCCAGUUGCCUCAGUGACCUGGGCAGUGUGUCCCUUUUGCUGACACUGCUCUUCUCUACCCCUUUGGACUGCAGAGCUUUUGGUUGCCUUGCCUGGUUCUGAUGCCCAGUGUGCUCUGAAGGCUGGAGGGCAGAAAGUGACCAGGGUGACCAACACGUUCUUCAUGCUGCUGGGACUGGAGUUCUCCUGAGGAAAAACUUGGUCAGGGGGCAGCUCUGCCAAGGGGCGUUGGGUGUGGGCUUGCAGGGUUUCAGAUCAAUUUCAGAUCAAUAACCUAUCUAAAAUGAAUUGCUGGGGGCAGAAGGUCUCUCCUCUGUCACAGGGGUAGUGCUCAGCCAGGAUUUAGUUCCUUUUAAUGAGGAAGGACCCCAGGCUGGUUUGUUCUGAGUUUCAUCCCUGCACAGAUUCUUUUAACUGUUGGUUUAACCUCGUGCAUUGCUUUAGUCUUAACGGUCUAUCCUCCCCUCCAGUGCUGGAGAUGCAGGCAGUGGGGACAGCAGCUGGUGGCUGUUACAACCUGAGCACGAAAAAAGAAAAAGUCCAUUUUUAUUUACUCUUUUUUUACAAAAAUAAAACUUCUGGUUUUGAACAGCUGA